UUUUUGUUUCUCGUAUGAAGGUUUUGAUGUAGUUAUGAGAAUGUAGCUUGAAAAUAACUGUCGUGCAGCGUUCGUCAGAAUAAUUGAAAUAAUAAAACGUAACGCCUCGAGGGAAAAUCCUGACGUUUGAUUAGUUGAACACUGUCGUGCAGACGUUAGUCUCGCUAUGAAAACCGGUGACAUUGAAAUAAGUUAAUAUUUUUAUAUUAUAUAGUUUUCGUCUGCUAACCGUGUGUAUAUAAUUAUAUCUGUGCUUAAGAAAGCGAGGAAAAUAGUCAAGUUUGGGAAUAUUACGCAUUAUCAGUAAAGUUUUGCAGUUAAUUUGUACGAAAAUCUUUGAUUGGCCAGGCGAACGAAUUCACGUGAAAAGGAAACAUGCAGACGAUUUAGUUCCUAGCGCGCGUCCAACGAAGCAGAAGAUUCUUGUGUCAGUUAAUAAAGAACAUAUUGGAUGUAUCAUUUCCGUCAAUGAACUGAGUAAAUAAACAUGAAUAGCGGGAUCAGGCUUUUAAUUAUUUUUCAUUUUGUGCAAUAAGUUUUUAUUGGAAACAAAUUCGAAAUGGUGAAGAGAGGAAUUUUAAAUAGUGAUUUACCUAAUCGGACUACCGUGACGUUGAAAUCUUUAUUAGCGUUCUGUCGGCUGACUUGCAUAAUAAAUUUGGUGAGCAUGUGGCCUCAUUGCGCUGUAGCUCAGUGUGCAGAAGUGGACACAUUAAUAAGCAGCGCCGAGGAAUGUUUCCAGCCCUACGGUACUCAGAAACUUUACGUUGACCGCAGUGAACAAAAGUUAUUCUCUGGAAUAGAUAUAGAAAUACUCCGUGCUUACUGCAGUUCUUAUUUGGAAUCAAUGCACUGUGUAUCUACAUUAAUAUCAAGUUGUCCCCCUUCGUCGAGAAAACAAGUCGAAGAUGCUCUAGUCAACUAUAGCGGUAUACAAAAAGAACUUACCGAUUUAUGUACAACUUCCGGUUUGUACGAACUUUAUGCACAGUAUAUGACAUGUUAUUCCAAGCUAGGUGAGAAGUCAGAAAAGUGUUAUAGGAGCAAGCUGAAUAAUACCGUCCCCAAUAUUUAUACCCCACCUACUGAACAGUUUUGUAGUCAGGUACGAGAAGCAACAUUAUGUAUAGAAAACAAUAUAAGAGAAGCAUGUGGCGAGCAAGCAAAAGAACUCGUGCAUUUGCUCGUUAAACCUACAGUUGUUGGCAGUGCUCAGUGUAUAUAUAAUAUAGUAGACGAGAAAACGCCUCAAACUAUGAAAACAGUGGAUAGCGGGGGCAGGUCAAGUAAGCCUAAGGAACGCGCGACGUCAUCUCAAUCUCAUGAUACCCAUUCGUCUGCUACAACAAGUUCAACAAAUUUCAUUUUACUAUUUUUUUCAAUCUGUGUGUCAUAUACAUGUAUAGCUUAUUUGUUUAAACCUCAAGGGAUAUCAUGAUAUCGCCAGUGUCAUCUUUAUAUUUAAUUGCAUAUUUAAUUAGCUAAAUUUGUCAAUUAGUGAUGAAUUAUUCAUAUUAAAGCUGCAAGAUAUAUUAUCUUGAAAUUGUCGACGAUAUAAUUUAAUAAUAAAUCUUUUAUUAACACCUUUUGUGUACAAAAAAAAUCAAACAUACAUCCUCGCAGAUGCAAGUUUUGUAAAGUCUGGUUUGAUUAGCCUUUCACCUGCUGAUUUUUUGUAAUGACUUUGCCCUGCUUUUAAUUAAGAACAGUCCAUUAAAAACUUAAUGGAUUUCAAUGUAAUAUAUAAAUAUAUACAUUGAGCUACCAACAGUAUAGAACCCUGCCAGACUGUACAGCUGUGUGCUAAUGUGAAUAGCUAAUCAUUUUCAGCAGGUGAAGGGGACAAGAACCAGUCCGUGUUUUGCUCUAAUGUAAAGGAAGUAACAUAUAAUUUUUACAAAACAUAUUUUUUGUAUAUGCAAUAGAUACAAAUUUGGCGCCACCAUAUACUAUGUACCAUAUAUGUCAAAACGUUUAAGUCAUGGAAUUUUUCAUUUAUUAAUUAAAAGAUUCCAAGUUUACGAUUUUUUUAAUCUAUUCUGUUAUAUUGCAUAAGGACGUUGAAUCUUUAACGAAGAAAAACACAAAGAUAGUUUGUAACAUGUAUAUGUUUUAUUGUUUAUCUUUUUCAUACCUUUUUGUGUUAUUAAUGUAAAUAUUAAAUUAUUAAUAUCGGAAUGCAAUUACUUGACACAAUACUUAAAAUUUCAACUGUAUUUUAAACUUUUAUAAAGAAUGGAAGAUGUGUUCAGCUAGUCAGUGUUGCUUUGUUUUGUAGGAUUUUUUUUUCUUCUGUUUUUUUUUCUUCUUGUUGUUUACUCGAAUAGCCUGUCGAGAUAGGAAGGUUUAUUAUAAUUGUUUCUUUAUUUAAGCAGUUUAUAAAGAAAUAGGAGUCAUAAGGUACAUCAAUGUUGCUUUUGUUCCAUAAAAGAGAAGGACGCAUGCAAGCUAUCCAAGUAUUUUGUUAAGGGACGCUCUUUCUUUUUUGCAUACUUUACUCAUGUAACAUCCAAUUGGCUAUGUAUAUUCCUAGAUAGGUCAUUGUUUUCAAAUAAUAAAAUACUUUCGUAGCAUUAUAAUUUACAUUUAGUAUAAAUCUCUGAUUCAAGUUAACCUCAACUUUUUAAAUAAAAAAAAUCUUAAAAUUUGAAUGAUUUCACCAACCAAAUAUUUACAUAAAUUAUCUUUUCAAUUUUGACUUUUAGGAAGGCAGGGGACGCUUAUGGAAAAGUUAACUAAUUGACCAAUGUUGGUUCAGCACUCUGCUUCUUAAUUGCAAUUUUUGCAGCUUUAUAAACAUCUAAUAGAUGUAUUUCAAAAUUUAACGAUAUUAAAAUUUCCGGUCAUUAAAACGAAAAAUAGAAAAUCAUACAGCUUCAAAUAUUGGCCAACCAGAAAAAAGUUUUGAAAGUUAUGAAAGGAUGCGGUUGAACAGUAUGCGUGAUAAAUUUUAUUACUGAAACCACUAAGUGCUUUGAGAAGCUAGUUUGGAGCCUCUGACAUGUUUUAGACUUUAUUGCAUUUUUAAUACAAACGCUGUCUAAUUUAGCAUCUGCUUUAAAAACUGCAACAUCAAAAUCUAUAAUAUACAUUACCAUAAUUGAAAAUUGCCGGUAAUAUAUGGUGUUAUCAAUUGCACAUGUGUAUAUAAUAUGCUUUGAUAAUGAAGUUUCGCAAUUUAGUCUCUAAUUAAUAUUCAUAAUGUACAUGAUCAAAGAGAAACGCCAUUAAUAAUCAAAGAAUGUCUAGGGGAAAUUAAUGCAUUAAUUAAUAAUAUCAUGAAAUCAUUUCCUUGCUAAGGGUUUUUUUUUUUCAUUUUUGAUUUUAUAAUUAUGCUAUUAAACAACAGUGAAAAGUGCAUCAGUCGGCCUCGUGUUUUACUGACGUUUGAUGUCAAAACUAUGAAGAGGUUUAAGGUCAUCAAUGUGGGUGCUGUAUUUAUUUGAGCCGUGUCACGACAAAAUCAACAUAAUGCGUUUGCGACCAGCAUGGAUCCAAACCAGCCUGCGCAUCCGCGCAGUCUGAUCAGGAUUCAUGCUGUUCGCUUACAAACCCUAUAACAAGUAGAGAAACUGAUAGCGAACAGCAUGGAUCCUGAUCAGACUGCGCGGAUGCUCAGGCUGGUCUGGAUCAAUGCUGGCCAAUGUUGGUUUUGUCGUGACACGGCUCAAUUGUACAAUAAGAAUGAGCAAAUUCAAGAUUUAGUGUAAUUCUGCUCUCUUACUGCACGUUCUCUUGAAGACUACUUACAAGUGUCGGGAUAAAUCUGGUUGUAAAACAGUUCUUUAGUUACAUCCAUUGAUGUUUAUCUUAUCAUUAUUAAAUACUAGUACCAACCCUCCCAUCCCCACCCCUAUUACCCGAAAUUGUAUUUGGCAAUAGUCGUAAAUGACUUUGUGGCUGAGGGGAUGCCUUUAAUGAUUGAGGCGUCUGCAGAACUGCAGCCACAGUGUACCCCUGUGUGACCGUAAGAGGCGACUAGAUUGUAUUAUUUUGAUAAGAUUUGUCACUAAGUGUUCUUUACACGUAAAAGGUUACAUUCUUGGUUAUAGUGACACUAUUGAGUAGAGGAAACUAAUAAGAAUUAGCGUGUGUCAGGUGCAUCACCUUGAGCACUCUAUGAUGUCACAUUUAUUUAAAUAUUUAUUACUUUCUUUGAUAAAUAGUUAGUGUUGUUCUAUUUUCUUGAAUUGGUGCCUUUUAUUAUAAAUGUAAAUAAAAAUGUUUCCCUUAAAAAAUGAACUAUAUAGGUGUUGUGAUACAUAUGAUUCACAUCACUUACAUGUAGAAUCAUAAUUUAGAUGCUUGAAAAAAAUAUUUUAAAAGGUUCAUUAACCCUUACCAUGCUCAACACAUGAAUUUAAAAUGGACUCGUCCAUCUUUCAAUAUGGACAGAACCAUUCUUCAUAUUAAGGGGAAAUUUUCAAAAUACAGUCACACCUGUGAAUAAAGGUCAUUAAACAGAGACCAUCAAUGACCUUUUCAGAAAAGUGGUCUUUAUUUGGACUUUAUUCUGUUGUUUUAUUAACAAAUGAAAGUUGUUCACAGAGUGUGGUCUUUAUUUACAGGGUGGUCUUUAUUUUGAGGUGGUCACAUGUAGAAUCAAUUACCACGAACAGGUUGAGGGUUUAUAAAGAAAUAUGUUUUUCUGUUUGUUAAUACAUUCACACUGCUUUUUGUACACUGUCAUUAAUUUGUUAUGCCUUUUUAUAUAUAUUGUUACAUGACUAUUUAAUACAAAAAAAUAAAAUAUUUUCAAGUAAA